AGGUUAUGGAUGACUUGCAUAUCCAGGAUGAACAAGGGAGAGUGAGGUUGACACGGGGUUCCUCUCGAGCACGGGAUGUGUGGCAGCUUCGUGAGGAUGAGAAGAUAGUCGUCGAAUGCAACGAACUAGGGCAGCCCAUCAAGAGGGCUGGAAGCCUUUUAUCAAGUUUCUUAGGAUCAGUUGCGCGUAGGGGUCAGUUGUGUCCGCUUAACUAUCAUAAGUGGAAUGAUAUGCUUCCUUCUUAUAAAGUUGAGCUUCUUAAAUUUGUACAGAAAAAGUUUGUGCUCCCUCCAGAGAGCCAUGAUUGGGUGCUAAAGUCCCUCAACCGCAAAUGGAAAGAAUAUAAGUCGAAGUUGAAGGCCGACUGGAAGCGCGAGGGUAUGACAGAGGAGGAGCUUGCUCGUGUUUGUCCUCCUGAUGUAUACCAUCAUCAGUGGAGGGAGCUUGUUCACUAUUGGUUUUUCGAGAGAGGACAGACAUAUUCUGACAUUGGUCGAGCCGCACGAGCAUCUCAGACAAUUCCUCACACUUUAGGCUCGAAGAGUUAUGCGAGGCUCAGAGCUGAAUUCAUGGAAGACCAUGGGAGGAAACCUAGUGAGGUGGAGUUCUAUAAGAUGACUCACACCCACCGAGAUGGCAGCUUUGUCCGAGAGAAGUCGAGAGAUAUAGUUGACAGAGCUACAUCCCUUAUUUCAGAGCGUAUCGGAGAGUAAUCUUCAAUCGGCAACAAUAGAGGUGUCGAAGCUCAAGUGUUUACCGAAUUGAUGGGCUCGGAGCGUUAUGGUCGAGUGAGGGGUUAUGGCAUUGGAGUUACCCCCACUCAGUUGUCUGCAGUGGGUAGAUAUACUCAAGAUGCUAGACAGAGUAGUAGCACUGCAGAGGUUAAUGAUCUGAAGGCAGAGAUAAAAGAGUUGAAGCAGAGCCACCAGACAGAGAUGCAGUCUUUGAGGGCUCAGAUUAAUCAGAUUACAUCUUUGUUGCAUCAGUUUGUCCCU